ACUCAGGACUCCUACUCUGAAGCCAAGGAGAAGCCAGAGUGGUGGAAAACAUCCUCGCUUUGAAAAUCCAAAGCUAAAUUAAAAGAGCUACAUGAGAUAAGGAGCCUGAAGAAUAUUAGUUGGCUGCGGGGAUGAGGAGAGGCACAAAAAGCACAGCAGGUAAGAGGCUGGGGGUUGUUGCCAAAGUGUCCCAGGUGGCUCAUGGAAAAGGAUCUCAGAAUUGGAGGCCUGUCCCUUUGAGACUUCCACGCGUGCUCAAGCUUGUCUUCUUCCAUCAGUUUCGAGACGACGACAUUGUCAGAGCCUUCCCUAUCGGUGCCACUAAUCCUGUUAUCAUCUUGGUUAUAAAUAUUAAUUCCCCUGGCCUUUCGGUGAUGGUGCCGCGUCAGAUUCAGAGCUGUUAGGAGUCUCGCCCCUCGCUGCAAGAAACCGAUGCGAGGCAAGGCCAAGCUGAUGCGAUGGCGGCCCAACCGGAGAGGUGCGUGGACGCCAGCGUGCUGGACUUCGUCGCAGACCUGUCCCUGGCCUCCCCUGGGCACCCUCUCCUCUGCGACUUCGCACCCGGGGUUCCCUUUGGGGACCCGGACCUUGUGCUCCGAGAGGGAAGACGCAGGAGGCUGGCACGUUUUGAGGAGGAGGAUCCAGAAGAGGAGGGCGAAGUAGACGAGGGGGAGGAGGAGGAGGAGGAAGAGGAGCCUGGGAGAGGCGCCUCCCCGCUGGGCCGUCCCAAGAGGAAAAGGGUGAUCACCUAUGCCCAGCGCCAGGCAGCCAACAUCCGCGAAAGGAAGCGGAUGUUCAACCUCAAUGAGGCCUUCGACCAGCUGCGAAGGAAGGUGCCCACUUUUGCUUACGAGAAGAGGCUGUCCCGAAUCGAGACCCUACGCCUGGCCAUCGUCUACAUUUCCUUCAUGACCGAGCUCUUGGAGAGCUGCGAAAAGAAGGAUACCGGCUGAGCCAGAGCGGGAGAGAGGGGUCUGCGCCCUCCUCCCGGACGCGCCCAGGCUUGGCGUGCUUCGGGACCAGCAGGGUGUGGCCGACAGGCCAGGAGGGACUCUUCAAGGCAGAAUGUCUGGCCUUCUGGAGUUUGGUUCAGGGUUGCGAAAUCCCCACAGCCCUCAAGAAGUGGCAGCCGUAGAGUUAAUAGACACGCGAACACUCUCAAUUGGAGUCUGGGGCAGGGGCGGGCGGGGCGCCUUACGAGUUCGAACGCGCGGGGCUAUAGACGCGAGCGCCGGGACACGGCUUCGGCCGGCCUGUUGGCGAGGAGCUAAUCCUCUCCCCAAACUGCAGA